AAACGUCAAUGGCGUUUUCACACCGGUGGGAGGCAGCAAUGCACUAAACUGUGUCUGGUCUUCCGGAAAGAAGAAGCCAUCCGCAACAUACGCUGUCCUGCUGUCACAACCCUGCAGCAGCUGUGCUGAGUCCUUCACACAAUUAAUAUCACAAACACUGCAUCUGUUUUACAACUUCAUACAAAACAAUCUGAUCCAGAAAGGUGAAGCUUGUAACUCGUCACCUGCCUAGUGUACUGCAAAGCGAAGUGUUGAUUUUGAGGGCUCUUGUGUUAGCUAACCGCCUGCUAGCUAGCAUGCUGCUGUCUCUACACAUCAGACAACUGCUCUCGGAUUAAUUUAAUCUCGUCAUGACUGAGUUAAAAUGUCGAAAAACAGACACUUUGGGGGGAGAUAAAGAAGAGGACGAGCGCCAAAAUGAGCCUGUGUUGCAGACUACACAUAUUAAAGAGCCGGUGAACACAGAGGAGGAUGAGGUGUCCAUUGGUAGAGGUGACAAGCAGCAGAAAGAUGAGGGGGGAGGUAAAGAAGAGGAUGCUCAACAUAAAGAGGAAGAAUCAAACAGACCCGAGUCACCUGUCAAGAGAUCCAAGAGCUCUUCUGCAUGUUAUUUGCAGCGCCUGGUGAGGGUGUUCUUCGGAUGUCUAGCAGCAGUUGCCUGCGGCAUGCUUUAUGCCGCAUAUCUGUCUGCGUAUCAUGACAGGAAGUUCUGGUUUUCGACUAGACAGGAGCUGGAGCGUGAAAUCACCUUCCAGGGAGGCAGUGGGCUUUAUUAUUACUACUACAAGCACAUGCUGGCGGUACCGUCCUUUGAAAGAGGGUUUUAUGAGCUGACGCUAGAUAACAGGACUGUUUCAGGUCAGACCAUCAAUGCAGUGGAGCAUUUUUCUCUGUAUCCAGAGCUCAUCACAAGCUUCAUAUACAGAGUCACAGGCAGCCAGGAUUUUGUGGAGCCAAUCUACUUCUACGUUGGAGCAGUUUUCGGGCUCCAGGCAGUCUACGUCACCGCCCUGUUUGUGUGUAGCUGGGUGAUGAGUGGCACCUGGGUGGCUGGCAUGUUGGCUGUGGCCUGGUAUGUGAUCAACAGACCAGAUACAACCAAAGUGGACUAUGCUAUUCCUCUGCGGGACAACUGGGCUCUGCCUUACUUCUCUUGCCAGGUUGCGGCUUUGACUGGAUUCCUGAGUAAUAACAUCAGCUCUGCCACUGAGAUGUUUUGCUAUCUUACCAUGAGUGCCACCACCUUCACCUUCCUGCUGGUCUGGGAGCACAGCCACUACGUGCUCUUCAUCCAGGGCCUCUGUCUUUUCUUGCUUGACUCUUUUGACCUGGUGCCACCACGUAAGAUGGCUGACAUUCACAAGGUUUACCUCAGCUCUUUGUUCCUCGCCUACUUGUUCCAGUUUCAGAACCCAACCCUGCUCAGCUCGCCUCUGCUCAGCCUCCUGAUUGGCUCAGUGCUCGCGAGGUACUUCCAGCAAAAGAUGAAGAUGGGGCCUCUUCUGGCCAGAGUAAUGAAGCUCUUCCUCCAUUUCCACCUCGUCUUCACCACGGGGAUCACCUUCAGUUAUUUGGUCAAGAAACUUAUACCUGUAAGUGAUAGUGACUUCAUUUUGAAAUUCCUUGAAGUAAAGUUUGGGCUCAACACAACUACUGACUUUAUCACCAACUUCCUCCUGUGCCAAGAGAGUUUCCAGACACCCGGUCAGGACUUAUUUCUGCGACUGACGCAGGCCUCAGUCCUUCCCUUCUACUUACUGGUGCUCACUGUCUGUUUGCUGUCCACCCUGCAGACCAUUUACAGAAGACUCAGUGGCCAGCCAAUGAAAACCAACCUCAGACUUGAAGAUGGACGAAUAGGAGAGCAGCCGGAGGUCAUCUAUCACGUUUUUCACACGUUGCUUUUUGGAGGCCUUGCUCUGUUGUUUGAUGGGAUGAAAUAUCUAUGGACCCCGUACGUCUGCAUGUUUACAGCGUUCGGUGUGUGUUCUCCCGACCUCUGGAUGACUGUGUUUAAGUGGCUCAAACUCAGGUCCAUCCACCCUGUAGUGCUGUCUCUGAUCCUGAGCACAGCAGUUCCUACGAUCAUUGGUUUCAGUUUGUGGAGAGAGUACUGCCCUCGUGUCUUAGCAGAGUUGUCAGAUCUGCAGGAGUUUUACGAUCCAGAUACAAUCGAGCUGAUCAGCUGGAUCAAGUCACAGGCUCCAGUGGCGACUGUCUUUGCAGGCAGCCCUCAGCUGUUGGGAACGGUGAAGUUGUGUUCAGGUUUAGCUGUCACCAGUUUACCGCUUUACUCAGACAUCAACCUGCUGAGGAGGACUGAAGAUACUUACCAGGUGUAUGCAAUGAGAUCUGCAGAGGACAUCUACAAGAUUCUGACCUCUCAGAAGACAAAUUAUGUGAUCAUCGAGGAGUCUAUUUGUAACGAGCUUAGUGUUAAUAAAGGCUGCCGGGUCAAAGACCUGCUCGACCUCGCCAACGGACAUGUCGUUUAUGACAAAGGAGAGGUUUACUCUUUCUCCAAGCACGGAAGAUUCUGCCAAGAGAUAAAGAUGAACUACUCGCCCUACACAAACUACUUCACUCGGGUUUUCUGGAACCGCUCGUACCACGUGUACAAAGUGAACUCCGUCAUCUCCUUUCAGUACUGAUGGCAGCUCCCGCAUCCCUGCUGAGACUUCACUGAGCCUGGCUCUGCCCUUCUCCAGUGUUUCACUUCAUGUCCACAAUGUAACACAGAGGACUCUGGGAAAAUGUCUAAUCACUGGUACUUUCCACAUCCUGGUGAUGGUGAAGCUGCAAAUUCAAACCAACUGGGAUCAACUGAGCACAUUGUCCUGGCUUUGAACCACACAUUGUUCAAUUAAAAUCAACAUAAAAUGGCCGUGUUGAAGUGAAAACAUGCCAUAUUAAUCACUGUACUGUAGUUUACAAGCCAUGCUUUACUGUGAUGUAUUUAAUGAAGGGAGAUGCUAAUAUGUGUGUUCACUUUGUACAGAAGCUGAGAGCAGGUGUGGUUGCUGAGAUUUUUUAGGCUCUGCGAAAGGGAAGUGUGUAAGAGAGAGUGAGCAGAUCUCUGCUGUUUAAGAAGACACCCAGCUAGGUUCACCUUAGAGUUCAUAAAUAUAAUUCCUGGGGUCCAACAUCAGCCGGUGAAUGUAUCUGAAUUUCCGCAGCAUACUUGCGACAUUAGAAGAUGAAGAAGUUGUGAUAUCAGAUGUGAAGUGUAGAGUUGCUUCAAACACCAUGAAUGAAAGAUGAAUAUUUGUGGGUAGACUGCUUGGUUUUAAUGUGUCAUAUGUGCGCUGCUUUUCUCAUUUAAACUGCGGUUUUGUUUCGGAGCCCCUCUGUUUUGUAUCAGAAUAUUGAUUGAACAAUCGAGGACAAUAGAAACAGCGUGUGUGAACUUUCUUUCAGCCUUAAAGUGUAGUGGAGGCUGGUUCUGAAGCUACUCAUGUCUGUCGUUCUGUCUCCAUCAUUCUCUCAUCUGGAUGCCUUAUUUUGAGAUGUGUGAACUGCCUGACAUCUCUUUACGGAUCACACCUUUAGUUACGCCUGAGACUGACCGUUCCCCCUCCCCCGGUUCUUACCUGAACUAUUUGUUUGUAAUUUCCUUCUGGUGCUAUCCUGAAAAUCUCACUAAUAACUUUCCCUCUGCAAAAGGCCAUGUGGUGAAUAUUAGGUUUUAUUGAAUUAUGGAAAAUAAAACUGAGUUGAUGAGUACAAA